AUUGCAGGCUCGGGUAGCACAUCGAAUUCAGGAGCUGGAAAGUCUGCCAGGAUCUCUGCCCCCCGACCUGAGGAAUAAAGCCACAGUGGAGCUCAAGGCACUGCGUCUGCUCAACUUUCAGCGGCAGCUGAGACAGGAUGUGGUGGCAUGCAUGAGGAGAGACACCACUCUUGAGACGGCCCUCAAUUCCAAGGCUUACAGACGCAGCAAGCGGCAGACGCUGAGGGAAGCUCGUAUGACCGAGAAGCUGGAGAAACAACAGAAGCUGGAGCAGGAGAAGAAGCGUAGACAGAAACAUCAGGAAUAUCUCAACAGUAUCCUUCAGCAUGCUAAAGACUUCAAGGAGUACCAUCGCUCAGUGUCGGGUAAAAUGCAGAAACUCACCAGAGCUAUCGCCACCUGGCACACCAACACCGAGCGCGAACAGAAGAAGGAGACUGAGAGGAUCGAGAAGGAGAGGAUGAGGAGACUGAUGGCAGAGGAUGAGGAAGGCUACCGAAAACUGAUUGACCAAAAGAAAGACAAGCGUCUGGCCUACUUGCUGCAGCAGACAGACGAAUAUGUGGCCAACCUCACAACCCUGGUGUACGAACACAAAGCUGCCCAGGCUGCCAAGGAUAAGAAGAAGAAGAAGAAGAGAAAGAAGAGGGUGGAUGGAGACGGAGAAGGCACCAGUGCGAUUGGACCCGAUGGAGAGCCUAUGGAUGAGAGCAGCCAAAUGAGUGAGCUGCCUGUCAAAGUGAUCCAGACAGAGACAGGGAAAGUCCUUCAGGGAACGGAUGCUCCUAAAUCCAGCCAGCUGGAGGCCUGGCUUGAAAUGAACCCAGGGUAUGAAGUCGCCCCUCGGUCAGACAGCGAAGAGAGUGGCUCAGAGUACGAAGAGGAGGAGGAAGAGGAUGUUCCCAAGGCAGAGGCAGAGGAGAAGACGUUAAUCACUCCAAACAGAGGGGAUGAGACUGUGGUGGCUGCCGAGCACGUCAUUGAUUCUGUCAAGCAGGAUGUGGACGAUGAGUACAUCGUUCCUACAGGACAAACCGAAUCCCACUCUUACUACGGCGCGGCCCACGCUGUCAUCGAGCGAGUGGAGAAGCAGUCAUCGCUGCUGAUCAACGGCACGCUUAAACAUUACCAGGUCCAAGGGCUGGAGUGGAUGGUGUCCUUAUACAACAACAAUCUAAAUGGAAUCCUGGCAGAUGAAAUGGGGCUCGGCAAAACAAUCCAAACCAUCGCCCUAAUCACCUACUUGAUGGAGUACAAGAGGAUCAACGGCCCCUUCCUCAUCAUCGUUCCUCUCUCGACUUUGUCUAACUGGGUCUAUGAACUCGACAAGUGGGGACCGACUGUGGUGAAAAUCGCUUACAAGGGCACCCCUGUUUUGCGCCGUGGGCUUGUGCCUCAACUCCGCAGCGGGAAGUUCAAUGUCUUGCUGACCACCUAUGAAUACAUCAUCAAAGACAAGCACAUACUGGCCAAGAUUCGUUGGAAGUACAUGAUUGUGGAUGAAGGCCACCGCAUGAAGAACCACCACUGUAAGCUGACCCAGGUACUAAACACCCACUACGUCGCCCCUCGCCGUCUCCUCCUCACCGGUACUCCGCUGCAGAACAAGCUGCCCGAGCUGUGGGCUCUGCUCAACUUCUUGCUGCCCACCAUCUUCAAGAGCUGCAGCACCUUCGAACAGUGGUUCAACGCCCCGUUCGCCAUGACCGGAGAGAGGGUUGACCUAAAUGAGGAGGAGACCAUCCUUAUUAUCCGGCGUUUGCACAAGGUGCUCCGCCCCUUCCUGCUGCGCAGACUGAAGAAAGAGGUGGAGUCUCAGCUGCCAGAGAAGUCAGGUGGAGUAUUCAUUAAGUGUGACAUGUCUGCCAUACAGAAAGUUCUGUACCGCCACAUGCAGAAGGGAAUCCUUCUCACUGACGGCUCAGAGAAAGACAAGAAG